AAAGUGAAAACUGUUACUUUUAAUUAACGUCGUUUUCAUCAAAGAUGGCAGAUGUGUUUGUAAUUUACAGCGUUAGUCCUGUAGAGAGCGGUAGAUAGUUUUAUUAAAUUGUUUUACUGUACAUAAGCAGAGGGAGGAGCAAUCGUAGUAUUUCUCUUGAUUCCAUUUCCCUCUCGUGGCAGCCCACCGAAACCCUACUGGAGCACAUUUUUGCACACACCUUAUGGAAAAUCCCAAAAAUAACGACUAUCUAGUGACUUUUUAAGUGCAAAAGAGCAACUGCACUAAACAGUGCUUGACGGCACGCGGUGCUGGAAUUUGAUCGAAAGCCCGGUGCUCUGCAGUUGCAAGCCCUACCACUCCACUUGCGCUAGAUCGGAUACGAGGUGGCUUUGACUUUUUCAUCCUCGUUUCAGUCUCAAAACAACGGUUUUCUCGUCUAAAACAACAGAAGAACCUGACGGGAGGAGGCCAUCUUCCCAAUGAGCACACUACAGGCCUAGAGGAGCCAUUACCCACAAUACACCUUGCAGGACACAGAUCUUGUCCUGUCUGGUUUAUACUUCAGUCCCAGGGCCAGCACAGGGGGGUCGCUCCAGAGGGACCGAUCCUGUGAUGUCGUACUGACUGACCCCCCUACCUGCGAAUGACCAGUGAGCAUCCGAGGGUGGGGCCCGCCUCAGUCUCGCAUGAUUGGCUGCUGGAUGGAAUUAAGGUGAAUGGAACACAUGCCCAAAGAGCAGGACCCUAACCUAUCAGAGGGAGAAGAGAAACGGUGGAUCGAUGGCCCGAAAAGGAAAAGAAAGAACAGUUCUUGUUCGAUGAAGAGCAUGUCCGAAAUGAAGGGAUACGGACAGACUGGGUCAGAGAACACAGGUUACAUCCCUAGCUACCUGGAGAAGGACGAGCCGUGUGUGGUGUGCGGAGACAAGGCCACCGGCUACCACUACCGCUGUAUCACCUGUGAGGGCUGCAAGGGUUUCUUCCGGCGGACGAUUCAGAAGAACCUUCAUCCCGCCUACUCCUGCAAAUAUGACGGCUGCUGCAUCAUCGACAAGAUCACCCGCAAUCAGUGCCAGCUAUGCCGCUUCAAGAAGUGCAUCGCAGUGGGCAUGGCAAUGGACUUGGUCCUGGAUGACUCUAAGCGAGUGGCCAAGCGGCGUCUGAUCGAGGAGAACCGGGAGAAGAGGAAGAAGGAGGAGAUGGUGAAGACCCUGCAGAACCGACCAGAGCCCACCAGCUCGGAGUGGGAGCUCAUCCGCAUGCUGACCGAGGCCCACCGUCACACCAACGCACAGGGCUCCCACUGGAAACAGAAACGCAAGUUCCUGCCGGAGGAUAUAGGUCAGUCCCCAGUCACCACGAUGUCGGACGGAGACAAGGUGGACCUGGAGGCCUUCAGUGAGUUCACCAAGAUCAUCACCCCGGCCAUCACGCGCGUCGUGGACUUUGCCAAGAAACUGCCCAUGUUCUCAGAGCUGCCUUGUGAGGACCAGAUUAUUCUACUGAAAGGCUGCUGUAUGGAGAUCAUGUCGCUGCGAGCCGCGGUGCGCUACGAUGCCGAGAGCGAGACACUCACCCUGAGCGGGGAGAUGGCGGUGAAGCGGGAGCAGCUGAAGAACGGCGGCCUGGGCGUGGUGUCGGACGCCAUAUUUGACCUGGGAAAGAGCCUGGCUCAGUUCAACCUGGACGACACAGAGGUGGCCCUGCUGCAGGCCGUGCUGCUCAUGAGCUCAGACCGCUCGGGCCUGACAUGCAUUGACAAGAUCGAGAAGUGUCAGGAGACGUACCUGUUGGCGUUUGAACACUACAUCAACCACCGCAAGCACAACAUUCCCCACUUCUGGCCCAAGCUGCUGAUGAAGGUGACCGACCUGAGGAUGAUCGGCGCCUGCCACGCCAGCCGCUUCCUCCACAUGAAGGUGGAGUGUCCCACCGAACUGUUCCCUCCUCUCUUCCUGGAGGUCUUCGAGGACCAGGAGGUGUGAGCAGAGGCCUGCUACGUCUCACAAACGUGACAGUCCGUUAUUCUAGAACAGAAAAGGGGGUUUUGGCGAGACUCAGCGUUCGUUCCGUAUUUACGUGGUAAAUAACAGCAGCAACACACCAGCAGGAGAAGUCAAACCAACAUGGAUUUUAGUUUGUUAAAGAGGUUAACCAACCCCCUCUUCAUACACGUUUUGGGGAAUCAGUUUGGCGGCCCUCCCUGUCUGCGCACCAUGUCUUAUCCAGUGGGAUUUUAAGACAAAUGCACAUGUAUACACACACACACACACACACACAGGUUCCCAUCCAAGGGGGUGUUGUCUCCACAUCCGUGCACCUGUUUGAAAUUACAACAACCAUGUUUUAAACUGGUCAGCUAAUUUCAGUGUUAGUCUCUGAAUUAAUGUAAGACAAUAAUUCAAGAGACAUAGUCACACACACACACACACACACACACAGAGGUAUUGUCUGACAUCUACCUUUAACCUGCCAGUACCUACCAUAACCACCUAACUCAACUGAGCCAUUCUCAGAUUGUAGUGUGAGAAAGUCGGGUGCUAUAUUUAUAAGGCAACUCCAUUUGUCUGGAGUGUUUAAAUGUUUAUGGCCCAGUAUCUACCUUCAGUUCUGUCAUUAGGCCAGCUCCUGUGUCUGACACACACACACACACACACAUAAAUGAACACACAGUGUGCAGACCGAACUGGUCAUUGCCUGAGCUCCAGUUCCCAGCAGUACACCCUGUCAAGAAUGACAAUUGAGUGUCACUCCAGUUUAAGGAAGAGAAGGAGUAGGGGGGAGAAGGGGGAGACACAGGGAGGGGUUUAUUGGCUGGCAAGUAAACUCGGGAGAUAGAAGAGAACCCACGUAGAUUCCCAAGCCCUAUCUGAUACCCACGCCUGCAUAGCAGUAAACAAGGCGUGAUAACGCACGCACGCACGCACCCACACACACACACACACAGCACUCACUUAAGAAACUAAAAUGCCUUAUUUAUUGUACGCCCUGAGCGGCAGGACCAGUUGGCCUGGGUCUGCACCUGUGUGUUCGGCUCAUCGGUGGUCACUGUUGGGGACGGCUUACGGGAGAGCAAGGCCAGUGACGUCUGCUGUUUACCUCAAAGUGGGCACAUCCUCCGGGCCGGGCGCCGCCGUGGCACCUGUGCCGACAGGCUCUACCUCACCUCUGGACACCGCUGCCCCUGCGCCCCCUCCUCCACCACACACACACACACACACACACACACACACUUGUUUUCACACUACACUACUCAGCGAACAGACAAAGGUGCAUGUCAGUGGGGGUAAGACAAAUCACACAGAUCUCCCAGGGGGGCAGGUUCACAGCGUCACCCGGUCACCACACGUAACACCACUGAAGACAGUGGGGGGGGGGGGCAUGCCAAUCCCUGGGUUUACCUUUCAGCCGACCUCUCUCGUCUGUUUCCGGGGCACAUGGUUACCGCUAUGUUCCGAGUAUGUCCCGUCCCGUCUCCCCCCCCCACACCUCGGCCCCCGUGAAGGAACACGUUAAACAUAGCUACCGGGUCGGGAUGGCCGGUACUGCCUCAACCUCAAAUUGGACCGUAACCAGACCUUAAAGCCCUCUGGUGAUGCAGCCGGAGCCUGGACUCCUCCUACACUGAUCUCACACCGCCCCGGGCCCCUCCAGAGCCAGGCUCAAAGCAUCGACAGCAACAACACGAUCCUAGGACCGGACCCCAGCUCCCCAGCACUCUGGGAGUCUUUGCCAUCUCUGUCGAACAGAGUCCCUGACCGACUCUGUCACAUUGUCAGUAUUAAACCAGUCGACCUCCACCGAAGCCUCGUCCACUCUGAACCCGGAGACGGCCCUCGGUGAGGCAGGGGCUUUCCAGGGAGGGACAAGUCUCACGCACCCUCCUCUCAGCCUCAGCCCUGCGCCAGAUCACACAAACCUGACUCAGAGUCGACCCAGACCACCCCCCCCCCGC